AGGUGUUUUCGAAUAUAUUGAAGUUGAAGUUCUUUGGAAGAGUUUCGAAAAUGUUGAUAUAUAGUUUAGUCCUUUAUGGACUCUUAGCACAAUUGGCUAAGGCUAGAUAUAUAUCCGACAAUAUAUGUUUAGCAAUGCCCAACGGGCAGAAGCUGCCCAUAACCGGUGACUGCCAGGCGUACAUUGUUUGCGAGUACAAUACCGAGAGCGUCCGGCGGUGUCCGGGGGGAACACUGUUUGAUCCGAUUACACACGUGUGCAACUGGGCCUUCAUGGUGCAUUGUGGACAAACUCCCACGCUGGCACCGAGUUGGCAGCCACCGACUCCUGCCCCCGUACCGGUCACUACGGCCCGGCCAAUCGUAACGACGAAUCCUCCGUACAUCCCGACGAAUCCACCCUACAUUCCGACGAAUCCUCCGUACAUUCCAACGGCACCAACUCCAAACCCCACCACCGUCCAGACAACAACGGUCCGACCAACCACGACGGUUCCCCCUCCAGUGACCACAGUGGUGAGCGUAGUUCCGCCGGAAAACAGUCCCUAUCCGUACUGCGACAGCGAUGGUUUUUACUUCCUGCCUCACCCGUCGGCCUGCGAAAGCUACUACAUCUGCGCGUACGGAAUGCUGGUUCUGCACAGCUGCGGACAGGGUGUCUACUGGAACACGGAAACCAACCAGUGCGACUUCCCAGCCAACACCAACUGCACGAACCUACCGAACCCAGCCAAACCGGAAGAUUCUACCCCUUCAGCAGGAACUACGGCCAGCUCGAAGCUUCCCAAUUGUCACGGACCGGACAUAUUCUACCCCAGCACUGAGGACUGCGCCAAGUACUAUAUCUGCAUCGGAUCGUCGCCGAUCCUGAUGAGCUGCCCGGCGAACUACCUCUGGAAUGCCGACACCUCCCAGUGUCUUCAGCCGGAGCGGGCUCGCUGCUCGAGCUUGAUCGUGUAGAAGGAUUUUUUUAUUGUAAGAUUUACUCUGUAGGUAAUUUAUUCCAAGAUGUGUAAUUAAGAGUGAACGAUGUCAUCAUUGAGAUUUUCAUAAAGUGUGUACAAAUGUC